GCGAAUUCUGUUUUACAGCUGUUUUGCAGUUUUUGUGUCAGUCCACACUUAGUGUUUCAGGGUUCCAACAUUCCUGCAAAAAUCAAGUCACAGGACGAUGCUGCGAGUAAGAUGCAUGAGAGGAGGUAGCAGGGGAGCUGAAGCAGCUCAUUUGAUUGGAGCCAUGGUUGCAAGAGCUGCCACAGGCUGGGUGCAGAAAGCAUUCCAAGGCACCUCGGCAGCGGUGGCGGAGAGGGAUACUCUGUCGAAGUCUGUCGACCCAGUUCCCGAUGAGUGUCCUGUAAACUCUUUCAAUGAAUGGGACACACUCGAAGAAGUAAUUGUUGGAAGAGCCGAGAAUGCUUGUGUUCCACCGUUUACCGUGGAAGUCAAGGCAAACACCUAUGAAAAACACUGGCCUUUUUAUCAGAAGUAUGGCGGUCAGUUGUUCCCCGAAGAACACCUGAAAAAAGCUGUGAGCGAGAUUGAGGAAAUGUGCAAUAUUUUACGCUUGGAAGGAGUCAAGGUUAGAAGGCCUGAGCCUAUUGACUGGGUAACUCACUACAAAACACCGGAUUUUGAUUCUACAGGUUUGUAUAGCGCUAUGCCCAGGGACAUCCUCCUUGUUGUGGGCAAUGAGAUCAUUGAAGCCCCAAUGGCUUGGCGGUCUCGCUUCUUUGAAUACCGAGCAUACCGACCUCUGAUUAAAGAGUAUUUCAGCCAAGGUGCUAAAUGGACAACAGCCCCGAAACCUACCAUGGCUGAUGAUCUGUAUGACCAGGAAUACCCUAUGCGUACAGUCGAAGAUAGGCACCAACUGGCCGCUCAGGGAAAGUUUGUUACAACUGAAUUCGAGCCCUGUUUUGAUGCUGCUGACUUUAUAAGGGCUGGGAGAGACAUUUUUGCACAAAGGAGUCAAGUCACAAACUAUAUGGGCAUCGAGUGGAUGCGUAGGCACCUUGGACCUGAGUACAGAAUUCACCUGCUCUCGUUUAAGGACCCCAAUCCAAUGCACAUUGACGCUACUUUCAACAUCAUUGGGCCUGGCCUGGUAUUGUCUAACCCAGACCGCCCGUGUCACCAGAUUGAAAUGUUCAAGAAGGCUGGGUGGACGAUUGUACACCCCCCGACUCCACUGAUUCCAGAUGACCACCCUCUGUGGAUGUCUUCCAAGUGGCUCUCAAUGAACGUGUUGAUGCUGGAUGAGAAACGUGUAUUGGUUGAAUCCAGUGAAACCACCACUCAAAAAAUGUUUGAAAAGCUCGGAAUAAAAACCAUUAAAGUGAACAUUCGUCAUGCCAACUCUUUAGGGGGGGGAUUCCACUGCUGGACAUGUGACAUCCGUCGCCGUGGCAUCCUGGAAUCCUACUUCAACUAACCAUGCCAAGAUGAACAGUCUUCAUUCAGCUUCUAUGGCUAAGAAAGGAACAAGAAGCUAUUGAUUUCCCUUUGCCAAAUAAAUGCAUGUUCUGUUCUGUUUAACACUGCUGUUCUUUACAGUGUAGCAAAAAGCUUCUUUAUCAUGUCAUUCUGGAAGACACCAACAUGCAAGUCCCUAGCUUAUGUGUUGGUGUUUAUUUAGUAAAGGAUCUGACAAUUUCAUUGCUGUAGUAAAAUUGGGGGUCUGUAUUUGCAUUAUUGACUUGGUCACUUGAGUAUUUUUUUUAUAACGUAUUAAACCAUUUGUUACA